GGGCCGAUUUGGUUGUGCGCGGGCAGAUUUUUAAAAAGAAAAAUGGCGGAUAUUAAUUCUGUAAAGCAAUCGGAAAGCAGCUGCGACAGCUCUGCUGAACGCCAGAAGAAGGUCCACCAAGAAGAAAACCCUCAGCAAGGACUCAAAAGACUUUGCCCUGGGAGUCCAAGCCCAGCAGCUCCUCACCCCAAAUCUCCCCACAGACACACUCCUGCCUCCACCACCACCAAUACCCAGAUGUCAGAAACAACAGAGGUACAGAUGGAGCCAGCUCUGGAGCUGUGUUCUGGAGGAGAGGGGCAGGGAAGGGACCCUGAGGGGGGUGUUUUGAAGCUGGCAGUCGAGAAAUUACAAGACUCACUGAGCACAACACCCAACGCCAGUUUAGAGUCACUUCAGACACAAGUGGAGGCUGUACAGAAGGGGUGGUGUUGCCUUGCCAAAGACCUACGCAGUGAGCCUCCGUGUCAGCAACCUCCCACUAGCACAGCCAGUGACACUGCAAUGCAGAAUACCAUGGAGCAGAAAAGGAAGGCUAUACACAGGCUGCAGGCUGAGAGUGCAUCUUGGGAGUCCCUGUUAGACAAGCACCGGAGUAAAGCUGAAGAAUUGGCCAGGCGAGUGGAGCAGGGCCAGGAGAAGGGGGUGACGUUAGACCCUAGCUGCCUGGCCCAGUCCUCACAGAGCCAGCUCCUCCAGAACAAACCUGAUUACCACAGCCUGCUCUGCAGACAGCAGCCCAUACUGUCCACCAUGGACAUGGUGAUUGACACCCAGAGUAAGAUGAUCAGGGAGCUGCUGUCCAUACAGGAACAGUCUCAGGCACUGGUGAAGGAGACAAGCAGCAGAUUGGUGGCUGAUGCGGGAUUCCAGGAUCUCCUCUCUGACCCGGUCAGGGAUCUACUGGCAGGACCCGUGUCCUCUGUAUCAACCAACGCAUCAUCCACCGUAUCAUACUAGUACCUCUUUCUUAGGGUUGUCACAAUACAGUGUCACGAUACUACCAUACUUGAUUUGUCAUGACAAAAAAAGAAAAGACUAAUCAGACUGAAUUUCUGGCUUUGUACAAGCAGGACAAAGCACACCUUUAAUAGCACAGAUUGUAUUGUGACCUAUGGUCUCGUCCAGGUUCACUCAAUGAAUGACCAAUAGGAGAAAGAUCAGUCUGUUUUUUUCUCAGUGUUUCCAGGAUUUAUGUCAUGUCUUAACUCUGUACCCAUGGCUCCCUAAUUUAGCUGUUCUCUGUGGUGCCUUGUGGGGUUGUUUGUAAAUAAUAGUCUCUCUGGUAUAUUCCUUCAUGGGAUGAAUGUGGAUUCUUUCUGAUAUAACUUUAUAUCUAUUCUAAUUCUAUUCCACCACUAUACUAGGGAAUUCUCCCAAAUGGCACCCUAUUCCUUAUAUAGUGCACUACCUUUGACCAGAGUGCUAUGGGCCCUGGUCAAAAGUAUUACUCUAUAUAGGUUAUAGGGUGCCAUUUGGGACGGACCCCAGCUCUCCCUACAGAAUGUAUGCUGUUGGCCACCAGAGGGCGAAAUCACCCUAUUAUUUAAGUAGUUUAUUUUCUUGUGUAUGAUUUCUACAUUAUUAUUAUUAUUAUUAGCAGUAAUUAUCUGAAUUUGUCUUGUCCUUUCUGACCAUUGAAUCAGUUGGUUUAAAACCAGGUCCAAUCCUGUAUUUGAUUUUAACCCUUCAUAAAUAAAGAAAUAUGAAAUGUUA